AUGACGGCAGAGGAGACAAUCAACAUCAAGGAGGCGGAGGUGAUCAAGCUGAUCCUGGACUUCCUCAACUCCAGGAAGCUGCACAUCAGCAUGCUGGCCUUGGAGAAGGAGAGCGGUGUUAUUAAUGGACUCUACUCUGAUGACAUGCUCUUCCUCAGGCAGCUCAUUCUGGACGGCCAGUGGGAGGAGGUGAUGCAAUUCAUUCAACCUCUGGAAGGGAUGGACAAGUUUGACAAGAAAAGGUUUCGUUACAUCAUCCUAAAGCAGAAGUUUUUGGAAGCUUUGUGUGUAAAUAACGCCAUGUCAGCUGCUGAAGAUCCUCAUAACCUGGAGCUCACCAUGCAGGCCGCAGUCAAGUGUCUCCACAGUCUGGAGGAGUUCUGCCCGACCAAGGACGACUACAGCAAGUUGUGUCUCCUCCUCACCCUGCCUCGCCUCACCCACCACGCAGAGUUCAAAGACUGGAACCCGAGCACGGCACGUGUGCAUUGCUUCGAGGAGGCCUGCGCCAUGGUAGCCGAGUUCAUCCCUGCGGACAGGAAGCUGAGUGAGGCCGGCUUCAGAGCGAGUGGGAACCGCCUCUUCCAGCUGCUUAUCAAAGGGAUCCUUUAUGAGUGCUGUGUUGAGUUCUGUCAGAGUAAAGCAACGGGUGAGGAGAUCACAGAGGGGGAGGUGUUGCUCGGCGUGGAUGUGCUGUGUGGGAACGGCUGUGAUGAGCUGGAUUUGUCGCUGCUCUCCUGGCUGCAGAACCUCUCCCCAGGUGCCUUCACCUGCGCCUUCCAACAGAAGACCCUCAACAUCCACGUGGAUCGGCUGGUGAAGCCCAGCAAGGCAGGCUACGCCGACCUCCUCACACCUUUAAUCAACCGCCUGUCCCCCUGUCCUACCUCGCCCUUUCGUCAGAGACCUCAUUCAGCCGACACCUACAUGUCCAGAUCGCUCAACCCAGCGCUGGACGGCCUGUCGCACGGUCUGGCAGCGCAGGACAAGAGAGGCAUGGAGGCCAACAUGAAGUCUGCUCUCAGUCGGAGCCUCGUGGAGAACAAUGUGCACCUGCAAGACGAUUCACCUGAGAGGAAGCACCCACAAGGGCUGGAUGGACCCAACACCACACGAACCCCUCUGACUCCAGGAAAAGAUGGCGGUCCACCCUGCAGCACAGAAACACACGAGCGUCGCGACUCCACAGAGCACAUCCAGGAGUAUUACAGGCAACGUCUCCGCGUGCAGCAGCAUCUGGAGCAGAAGCAGCAGCAGAGGCAGCUUUACCAGCAGAUGCUGCUGGAGGGAGGAGUGAAGCCGCAGGACGGAGCCCAGCACAACCUCACCGAGACGUUCCUCAGCAGAUCUAUUCAGAAGUUGGAGGAGAUGAACGUGGGCAUCGACCACAAAGGGGAUGAAGUGAUGACACAUCUGGGCCAGCAGUGGAACGGACUGACAGGGAACAACAGCGCCUCGAGCCCCAGGAUGUCCAACACCCGGCACGCUCCAGACAAAGGGCCGCCGAGGGACAAGCCAGGUGGGGUGAGCAGCCAUGGGUUGCUCAGCGAGUCUCCAGUUCCUACAAGUCAGAGACUCAAAGCGUCUGGUCCUACUCUUCAGGAUGACUCAAGUUCCUCUGCAACACGUAGCACACAUGAGCCAGGGAAGUCCAAAACACAGUUUGUUAAAGUGAACCAACUCGAGGACACACAGGCGGUGCGUGCGGUGGCCUUCCAUCCCUCUGGAGCGCUCUAUGCUGUUGGCUCCAACUCUAAAACCCUGCGAGUCUGUGCCUACCCCGAAACACCUGCCACCAGUGGUUCUGGUGCAGCUAAGCAACCGGCCGUGCGCUUCAGACGGAACAAACAUCACAAGGGCUCCAUCUACUGUGUAGCCUGGAGCCACUGUGGACAACUGUUGGCUACUGGCUCCAAUGACAAAUACGUCAAAGUCUUGCCUUUCAAUGCAGACAGCUGCAAUGCCACAGGCCCAGACCUGGAGUUCAGCAUGCAUGAUGGUACCAUUAGGGACCUGGCCUUCAUGGAAGGCCCCGAAAGUGGAGGAUCCAUCUUGAUCAGUGCUGGGGCUGGGGACUGCAACAUCUACACUACUGACUGUCAGAGAGGACAGGGCCUUCACGCCUUGAGUGGACACACAGGUCACAUCCUGACGCUAUACACAUGGGGAGGGUGGAUGAUCGCCUCGGGCUCACAGGAUAAGACAGUGCGGUUCUGGGACCUGCGAGUGCCCAGCUGUGUUCGGGUGGUGGGCACAACGUUGCACGGUUCAGGAAGUGCUGUUGCUUCAGUGGCAGUGGAUCCCAGCGGCCGUCUGCUGGCCACCGGUCAGGAGGACAGCACCUGCAUGCUGUAUGACAUCAGAGGAGGCCGCAUAGUCCAGACAUACCGCCCCCACGGCAGCGACAUUCGCUCUGUGCGCUUCUCACCUGGAGCCCAUCAUCUCCUCACUGGCUCCUAUGACAACAGAAUCAUCAUCAGUGACCUUCAAGGUGACCUGACAAAGCCGCUCCCUCAGACAGUGGCAGGGGAGCACUGGGACAAGGUGAUCCAGUGUCGGUGGCACCCGCACGACCGGACCUUCCUCUCCUCGUCUGCAGAUCGAACUGUCGUCCUGUGGGCUCCGGGCCCCUGA